AUGGCCAGACAGCCACCACAACCAUUUAUGGUUAUAGCUCUAAGACCGCUUGAAAUUCGCAGUUGUGUUUUGACAGGAAGCCAAUCGCAAUGGAAGAAACGCAGACUCCGAUGGGAGAGUCGAUUCGCACCUCAUGCGAGCGAUGUCGCCGUCGCAAGAUCAAAUGUGAUCGCAAAAGACCCUGCUCUCGAUGUGUCAAGGCCGGCAAGGAAUGCAUUCUGCAAGGCACCGGGGAAAAGCAACGGUAACCCGCAAAUUUCUAUACUUUUCCCCUACUCUACUAGAACUGACUUAUUCUCACACCACAGCCCAGUGUCAAAGAGCUACGUGACUGCCCUCGAGGGCCAGAUUGCCGCGCUCGAGCAAGUCAUCCGCCGGCUCGCCCAGGCCGACGGUGCAGAGCGUGACGAGAUUCUGGCUCAGCUCCCGGCUUUGUCCGUUGCUGCCGCUCCAGACGGUGGCGGCAGCGGCGGCUCGGGACCGGAAAAGACGGAAACGCCGCCGGAUCCCAGCGUCGUCGCUGCACGCCUCCGAUCAGGCCAGCUCCGGCGGUUGCACCCCAGCCAGGGCGCGCAGUUUUUUGGCGGCACCAGCUUCCUGCAGAUGCAUCUCUCCCGCGAGUCGUCGAUGCCGGCGGGCAGCACCUCGUCGCCGCUCCCGCCGCCCGUCGUAGGCAGCACGCCCCAGGACGCGGGUUUUGAUCCCGCUGCCCUACCUUCCGUCGCCAUGCCCUCCGUAGGCCUCGUCUCGGAGUCGGAUGAGUCGCCGCCGCCGCCGCCGCCGCCGCGCAGCAGCAGCGCGUUUCAGUACGCGCCGCACGACGAAAUGUCGCAGAAGCUCAUGGCGACGUUUUUCAAGGAGCAGUACCAGUACAGCAUGAUUGUCUACCGCGAGUACUUUUUGCGCGACUACGACGUCGGCUCCGGCCAGCACUACUCGGAUGUGCUGCUCUACGCCAUCUGCGCACUCGGCGCGCUGCAGCACGACGACACGCUCAACGUGUCCGAUGUCUUUGCCGGCCAGGCGCAGGCGCUCCUCUACGGCUCGCUCGACAGCCCAGACUUGACGCUACUGCAGGCGUUGGUGUUGCUGGGCUACCGCGAGAUUGCGGUCGGGCGGGCGUCCAAGGGCUGGCUGUUUUGCGGCAUGGCGUUUCGGCUCGCGCACGAGAUGGGACUACACCUGGACCCGAGCAAUUGGGAGGGCGGGUCGGACGGCAACGGCGGCGGCGGCGUGAUUGUGCACCGGGACCGUGAGAUAUUGCGGCGCGUGUAUUGGGCCGUCUUCGUGGCGGACAAGCAGCUGAGCCUGUACUUUGGCCGGCCGCCCGCGCUGUACCCCAACGAGUCGGACGUGCGCAACACGAUUCGGCUGCAGUAUCCGCCCGACUGGCAGGGCCUGCUCGAGACGUAUCUAUGCGAAAAGGUGUCGGCGACCGAGUUCGAGGACGGCGUGGCGCUGGUUGGGUCGUUCAUCUACCGCGCGGAGCUGUCCAAGAUUAUCCACGUCAUGAUCACGGACCUAUUCGAGAAUCGGCGUGGCGACUCGGACCCGGCUGUCGUGGCGGCAAAGUCGCGCCAGAUUCACGUCUCGCUCACAAAGUGGCUGUCCAGCUUGCCAGGCACAGUGCACUGGAAUCAGUGGACCGUGGGCAAGGUGCCGCCGUCGGUACUGCAUUUACAGCCACCCUCCAACAUGUUUGACAAGCCCGGCAUCGCCGAGAGCGAAGACGUCGAAAUCUGCUACGAGUCGCUGCAGGCGAUUCAGCGCUUGAUGCGCAGCUUCUCGCGCUUCUACCGAUACCGCUCGCUGCCUUUGGAUUUCGUGCAGACGCUGGCGACGGCGACAGGCAUCGUGCUGAUGCGACGAUACCUGCUCAAGGCUUCGUGGACGGACCCCGAGGUUGAGCGGUCUGUCUCGCUGCUGCUGGACGCCAUGAACGAGAUUCAAAACACGUGGCCGCCGGUGCGCGAGAUUCGAGACACGCUGGUGCGGGCGCAGCAGAGCCAGGCAGUGCUGCCUCCUGACGUGCCGUUCGCGGGCAAUGACUUGAUGACGGGGAUGCAUUUCGAUGUCGCGGCCAUGGGCGAUUUUAUGCCAGCCUUUGGUAGUGGUGGUGGUGGUGGUGGUGGUGGUGAGGGGGCAGAUGAGGAUAUCGAGGCGCUGAUUACGGAUGAAUUUUUGAGUGCACAGCUGCAGACGACUGAGGAGAUGCUCCAGCCGUUUGACUUUAAUCAGCCUCCGGAGAUGAGUUAG